ACAUAUUUCGAGUCGUUUUGGUGUCAAUGCUCACACAUAAAUACGUGGAUCCCUGAAUACCACCCUCUUUCCUUCAUUGCCGAACACAUUUUUACAACAGACAACUAUUGAUCACUCAAAGCGACUCAGACCUCAUGUAAGCAGCGGCAACGACAACAUCUGAGGAGCAAAGCAAGGAGGUAACGUCAUCUAGUUCCUUGGUGAACAUCCUUGCUCCCCCGUGUCCACCUGCACAGCAGCAGAGAUGCAUGGUUCUGAGGACAGCGCUUCUGGAACCGUGCUUCAGAGACUCAUGCAAGAACAUCUGCGAUACGGAGCGAGCGGACCCAAAGAAGCCACACAAGGCAACAGCUCUCACAUGCCAAGCAGUCCACCGUUUACAGAGAACCUGGAGGAUCAUUUGUAUCAGUCUGUACUUCCACAGAGUCAGCCACGACAAGAACCUCAAGGUCAGGAGCAUCAGGUGGAUAGCAGCACUAUGGAAAAGACUGCUGCUGGAGUAAGCCAGGGUGCGGGUGGACCCGGCUUUGAUAACGUGCAACUUCCAUCUUACGAGGAGGCUAAAAUCCAGUCUCAACUAUACAGAGGACAGCACAGUCCAACUGACCUUCAGUCUCAAAACCAAGGCCACCAGAGUCUCGAGAGCCAUGAAAACCAUCAGAUGUGUUUAACAGUGUCGGACAGUCCCACGGGUUCACACUCCUGUCCUCCGUCACUGUCCAGCGCAUACUCGCUGUCAUCCUCUCCAUCUCUGGCGUCCUUGUCCACCUCUCUCCCCGCGGUUCCGGUGAAGGCCCACGCGGAGAGCCGACCCUGGUUCCAGCAAGGAGGUGGUGCGUCUCUCCCGGACGAAGGCCUGACAGAGUUGAAACAUGGUCACGUUCGCUCGCUCAGUGAGAGAAUCAUGCAACUCGGUCUGGAGCGCAACGGAACUAAGCAGAGCGUGGGAUCUUCUGGGUCCUCCAGCGCAGGAGACUCCUCUCAUGGGGAUGAAAGUGCAGAAAAUUCACCACCUGCACCAUCUUCCUCCCCAAAGUGGUUUUUGGAGGAAAGAGGUCCACCGCCAGAAUAUCCCUUUAAGUUUAGGGUACAGACAACGCUUCCACCCUCUUUGAAUACUAAUAUAGGGUCUCUGGAUUACGCUCACCUUCACAAUGACACUUUAACGUCGGCCAUGCCGGAGCAAGCCAGACCGUGCCCAGUGUCUCUCGGUGCUUCACAACAGCAGAACAGUCCAGUGUCUGAGAUGUGUGUCCUGCCCUCCUCACAGGCUUCUCAACAGCAGUAUCAGCCUAUAUCCCAGUCUCGGGCUUUGGGAUUUCCUCCAGCUCAGGUUGAAUCUGUAAACCACGGGCCAUCUGUUCGUCUGGCUCCUUUAGGACAGCCUUUCCCGGGGGAGGUGUUUGCCAUGGUGAGCCAUACCCAGCAGAUGCUGGAGAUCCUCAAAGAAGAAAACCAAAGUCUCAAACAAGAACUGCAAAAACAAAACGAGAAAGCCAGCAGACUACAGCGGUUGGAGCUGGAGAUUGAGCGUCUGUCUGAGACGUAUGAGAGUUUAGUCAAGAGCUCAUCCAAAAGAGAGGCUCUGGAUAAAACCAUGAGGAAUAAACUAGAGGGGGAGAUCAGACGCCUUCACGACUUUAACAGAGACCUGAGAGAUCGUCUGGAAACAGCGAAUCGACAACUUGCCAAUCAGGAGCUGAAGGUACAGGAGGACGGACACUUGUAUCUUUCACAAAGAAGAGAAAGUCUAAAGGAUCUUGAGAAAUUCCUGGUAGAGGUGGCCAGUCUCCGAUCAGCCAAUGAGGAUCAGCAGCACCACAUUGAUAUUUUAGAACAGGCUUUGGAUAACGCUCAGAGUAAAGUUGUCAGACUAGAGGAAGAAUUGAGUAAGAAGCAGAUGUAUGUGGAGCGGGUGGAGCGUCUGCAGCAGGCACUGGCGCAGCUCCAGGCCGCAUGCGAGAAGCGAGAGCAGCUCGAGAGACGUCUGCGUACUCGCCUGGAAAGAGAACUGGAGGUGCUGCGGACACAACAGCGUGCUGGUGUAGGCGUGCCCCUCUCUGUGGGUGAGUCCAGCGCCCCCGCUCUGCUGGAUUUGCUGAGGGAGAGAGAGGAGAGGAUUCUGGGAUUAGAGGCUGAUAUGACGCGCUGGGAGCAGAAGUAUUUAGAGGAGAGUGCAAUGAGGCACUUCGCCAUGGAGGCGGCGGCUACGGCCGCAGCACAGAGAGACAGAACUAUAAUCCAGCACUCUCGCAGUGGCAGUUACAGUGAUGGCUCACUCUGGCAGCAUGAAGACGACAACAGACCUCAGAGCGGCCGACGCUGUCAGGAAAUGGAGCAAAGGAUGAAGAACUUACACGCUCAGCUGCUGGAGAAAGACGCCAUGAUUAAAGUCCUACAGCAGCGUUCCCGUCGAGAACCCGCCCCUCUCCGUCCUGCUCGCUCUGUUCCUUCCAUUUCAAUCGCGACAGGGUUGCACGUACGACAGACAUCGCAGACCGAUCGCAGAGACCAGCACGGCUGGAAGGGCAGCACCAGUGUACUUCUGGGAAAAGAUACAGUGGAGCACAUCCUACCCUCGCUGCCCUUGCUUUCAGUCUCUUCUGUCCCUUCACCUCUCCCUCCAUCGUUCUCGUCCUCUCUGCCUUCCUCUUUUCCUCCCUUCCUGGCCUCCGCAGGUUCAAGCACAUCACUGACACGCUUAUCCUCAUGUCUCCCUCGCUCCAGUCCUCCCUCUUCCUCCUCCACGUUACCCCUGCCCUCCUCUUCCUCUCUAACACCCCUCGCAUCGUUCUCUCUCCCCUCCACACCUCUCAUGUCCCUUCACUCCAAAUCAGCCAGCAGAGACAGCGGCAGUCAAACCGAGAUGUUCCGAGCGGCCACCUCCACGAGACAACACAAGACAGAAUCCUUAUCCGGUCAGACUAAAGGUGUCGAGGGUCGAGCACAGCUCAGUGGAGGACAGAAGAUAGCCCUACCUGACCUUGACCUGCUUGAGAUCCUCAUCUGACAGAACAACUGUGGAAAUCUCCAGACAGGACACUGCUGGAAAAGAAGUGAUGACAAAGAAAAAAGCAAAAGUAACAUUAAAGAGAGCAAAAUGUAUGUGGUGUGAAAAGAGAAGUGUGAAAUGAGAAGACUACUUAAAGAGAAAGCGAGGGAUCAUGGAAGAAAGAGAAUGUUGUGCCUUUAAAACACUGUGUUUGAUAAAUGAUUCCUGAAUUGUAUUUGUGUUCACGUUUGACCUCAAAAUAAACACAGACGAUGACAUUUGCCCUGUCUGUGUACUCAAAAGUCUUAAGCUGCCUUCUGUCGUUGGGUUUUUUUAUGUGGAAAACAACACAGAGCUGUUUUCCAGCUAAAAAAUGAUUUAUAUGAUUUAGAGAAAUAUUUUUGUGUGGAUCUAUCUCCAGAACAAAAUAUAUGAUUAUUUGUACAGAAAAAAGCUACAUUUGAAACGACUGAAAGCUGUGUUUAAUGUUGUUGUUUUUUAAAUAAAAGGCUUUCUAUAACUUAC